CGAGGACUUCAGGGGAGAAAGCUAGUUUUUCAUCGGUGAAUAUGAGCGCCCGGCCUAAUGCAGUGAACUGGGCAGGCUUCUACUCUAUUCUAAGUGGAGUAAAUCGUCACUCCACUGGCAUCGGACGUGUAUGGCUUUCUGUGAUUUUCAUCUUCCGUAUCAUGGUUCUUGUAGUGGCAGCUGAGAGUGUGUGGGGAGAUGAACGCUCUGAAUUUACAUGCAACACACAACAGCCAGGUUGCAACAGUGUGUGUUAUGAUCACUUUUUUCCCAUCUCCCACAUUCGUCUGUGGGCCCUUCAACUCAUCAUAGUGUCCACACCUGCUCUCCUUGUGGCCAUGCAUGUGGCGUACCGCCAGCACCAGGAGAAGAGGCUUCUACGCAUGUCUGGCCAUGCAGACCCUAGUGAACUGGCAGAGGUGAAAAAGCAGAAGAUCAGGAUCUCUGGUACUCUGUGGUGGACAUACACAAUAAGUGUGAUCUUCAGGAUCAUUUUUGAGGCGGCUUUCAUGUACAUCUUCUACCUCAUUUACCCUGGUUAUGCCAUGAUACGGCUCGUAAAGUGUGAUGCGUAUCCUUGCCCCAACACGGUGGAUUGCUUUGUGUCUCGUCCCACAGAAAAAACUGUCUUCACUAUCUUCAUGCUUUCUGCUUCUGGGGUCUGCAUUCUCCUUAAUUUAGCAGAGGUGUUCUUCCUCAUUGGCAAGGCCUGUUUCCGGGCUCAAGAUCAACCUCAAGAUAAUUUGUACAUCAAAAACAUCAAUAGAAUAAGAUGAACACGUUGAAUCACUCCCAUCCUUCUGCCCUUUGGAAUGCCAUCUCCUGCAUUACGUCCAUCAAGACAGUGAGGGAUCUAAAAUCUAGGGGGCUGUAUUGAAUAUAUGCUACCGUGUUGUGAUUAUUGACAAAUUUUAAACUAUGGUAACACAUUACAUUAUUACAUUAUAUGACACUAUUAUAAAAGUUUAAUACCAAUGUCUAACAUUCUAACUUUAUUAAAGUUUUAUAUAGAACCCUCAUAAUUACUAAACUUUUUGAGAUCCCAGGCAUUUAGAGGAACAAUUUACCUCUGCAUAAAUGGCGGAACAACAUAAAUUGCAGGGACUGUAGAGAUUGGACCCAGAGUCCCAAUGGAUUUGUCAGCUUCUUGCCUUGUGCCCUACUGGAAGGCAGCAGAGACAGGUCUGUCCAUCCAAUGCUUCAGGUCUCACUAUUACGGCCCCCUCUCAAUUGACAAACCAGUGACUAAAAUACCAAAUAUAAUGUAUAAUGUUUGUGUAUGGGCCUUCAGUAUCUACUACCAGUGGACAUGGCAAAUGAUCAGGUACAGACAGACAUAAGCCAUUGGUGGGGCAGAUCACUUGAGUAUAGCUCCAUUAAGACACAUGGCACAUUGAGAGGAACAGGGAUGUUUGACUGUGGGAACCUCCUUUACUUCGUUCCACUAUAUCUUCUACAUAUAGGUAGAAACAUUGGCGAAUGUGGCAACUCUAUUGUAGCUUCCCUGGCCCAAGAGUAGAUAUGGUAGAUGUUUCAAAUUCAUGGUAACAUAGUUACCAUAACAAACGGGAUCAUAUAAAUGGUGGAUAUUUUAAAUUGUGAAUUGAGGACAUGUGCGAUAAC